AUGAACCUUUGGGCACUAGCAUUUCCAAUUCGGUCUUGUUGCACUUGCUGCAACAUCUUCAAGCUGGCUUACUCGAAGACACACGGUGUUUUGUUCGAUCCGGAUUUCCAAACGCCUUUAAUCUACGGCGAAACGUUGGAUCUCUCAGAUUCUGAGGAGUCACAGUUCGUCGGUGCGUUUUCAGACGGCCUGUGGGCCAAGUCUGAGCCCUUUCUGUCUAUGUCUAAUUACCAGAAGCCCGCUCCUGGCGCUGUACUUGACUACGCUUCCACAACACGGUCUCUCCAUGAUGCUGGUUCAUAUUCGGCCUAUGGCCAAUCCCCAUACGUGACGGCCUCUAUUGUUCCCUCGCCAAUGGGUGACCAGGCCAGUCAAGCUUCCGACUGUGUCCCUUAUCUACAGGGCAACGAAUAUGCCAGCUCGUACGACGAAGCUCCUUCUCCUGUCAUGGCUGCAACUGCUCGGCCUCUGCCUGAGAUCAUUAGCUAUCGCCCUCAACGUGGCUCCGAGGGUACAAAGGUGGCCGUUUACAUCCAGUCGCCUUUUGAUCUUCACAGCUCCAAUUAUGGCGCUCUGUAUCUGAUUUUCGGCUCCAAGCGAUGUGAAUGUAUUCCCACGUUUUAUGGAUUCCAGGGUUCUGCUUUUUCAUACUGCCUAACAGUCCAAGCCCCUGAAUUUACUUCGACUGCAUCGCCUUCUUUCGCGGUUCCCAUUCAGCUUGUUGUCGAGACCCAGAGUGACUGUCAGCCUACCACUCUCCAAGUUGGUGUCUACACUUAUGAGCAGGGUCCUCACGCUUCUCCCCUUGCGGAUUCUCGCAAGAGGAAGCUAUCUACCUACUCAGAAAACCCCAUCUCGGCGCCUGCCAAGCGCCCAGCUCCUGGACCCGUUGUGAUGCCCAAGAUUGAAUCGCACGACGCCUACUCCUACCGCGAUAACCGCUCUGGAUCAUUCUCACCAUAUCUGCAACCUCUUCCCGCCAUGUCUGGAUUCGUCACCCCAUUCCAUGCCGCCUCUUCUCCUCGCACCGCAUCUUCUUGCUACCCAGGGGUGUCUGCUACUCCCCAGCAGUCGGUAAUCCGUGCCCCAUCGCCCUUGACUCCUGGCUGGAGUCCCGGCUACCUGUCGGCUGAUGUCAGGGCCCCUGGCAUGUCUGUGGUUCACGGAAUCACUCAGCACAGAGGACCUUCCCCUAUGCGCUCCUCCAACCCGACUCUUAUCCGUACCUCUACUUUGCAGCAAGCCAACGGCCUCAGCCAAACCCAGUCAUUCAACCCCUAUGCAAUCUACCCUACCAAGGCCAUUCUCAAGCUUAGUGGCGAUCUGGAUAGUAUGGCCGAGGGCUGGAGCAAAGAAGAGCAGGGUGCUCAGCGUCGUCUCGUGGAGUUUACCCGGACUCAGACUGGGAGCACCAUUCACGCUGAUUUCAAGCCCGUAUCUCUCGAGAAGCGUGCGACACACAGCAUUUGCAUCAGCUGUAUCAGCUGGGAAGGCAAGGAUGAGUGUUUCGUCACCAGCGUGGAUACCAUCUACUUGCUUGAGUCGCUGGUCGGUGUGCGUUUCACUGUUGAGGAGAAGAACCGAAUUCGCCGCAAUCUGGAAGGGUUCCGUCCUCUUACUGUUUCCAAAGCCAAGCAAGACAGCGAAGAGUUCUUCAAGGUCAUUAUGGGCUUCCCUAACCCUAAGCCCCGCAACAUUGAGAAGGAUGUCAAGGUCUUCCCCUGGAAAAUUCUGAGCCACGCUCUGAAGAAGAUUAUUGGGAAAUAUUCUGCUAGUUAUUCUUCCACCGCAGCUGCUCUGCCCACGCCGAUCACAAACUACGCCAGUCAUGGAACCGGUUCCGACUCGGGCACCGAGCCUCACACUGCUGCUUCCCCGCGAUCAGUGUCUGAUUCCGGUCCGGCUCAUAAUUACGCUCACGCCAUGGGCGCACCCGUCUAUACACAAGCUGAGCACCCAUCGAUGACAGCGGUUCCCGAUCUCCGAUCGGUGAUCCCUGCUCACAGCCAGCCAUAUACUUCCGUGGGCGGAUACUCCUACCCAGCAAUCUGUCAGCCGCAGCAUGCCCACAGCCUAGUUGCUCCGACACCCCGUUCGGCCUGGGAUAUCCAUGGCCUGGGCUCUGCUCCUCCUGCUAGCACUGCAGCGCCAUCCACUGCAUGCUACAGCUACAUGGAUCCCGUGUACCCGCUGCAUGACUCGGCGCACAGCCAAUGA